AGCAGAGCAGAGCCUUCGAGGCCACGACGGGGGAGGAGCAGCGAGGGGAAGGGAAACGGGGAAAGGGAGAGAAGGAGAGAGACACAGAGACACACACGCUGCGCACUUGGCUGAGGGAGAUCUUCACGAGCGUGCGGCAGCAGCUGCAGUUUGCAGCCUCGGCGGCUUGUUCUUCUUAAAAUCCUCGUGAGCACCUUUCGUUCGCGCCGCUUCUCGAGCUUUAUGUUCCAUGAGUUGCUGCGGAGACACACCUUAUGAGGAUUUUAGCAACACAUUUAAAGAGACCCGACCUACAUGUGAGAGUGAAGAAUUUGAUACUGGGGAUCAGUUUCGGAAGCAUUAUUUUCGCUUCAAAUGACGGAGGAAGCUUUUGCAGGUUACCAACGAGGAAAUUUCAUGAGGCAGAACAUAGCAGCUUGAACUUGAGCUUGAACUAAAGCCCAUGGCUUCUUCAGGAAGAAAAGUCGGUGCCAUAUUUGGGGAUGAUGACUAUUUAUCCCUAGAAAAAAUUUCAGUGAGGCUAGAAAAAGAGUGCUUGAACGAAGAAGGCACGUUUACUCUGUGUUUUUGGGUUUACCUACUAAAAUGCAGCAAGACAGGAGUCCUCAUUCGUCAGGGACGCUCAGAAGCAGGUUCUAAAGUUCCUUUCCUCACUAUUGAAGAGGAUAGAAAACUCACCCUGCACCCUCUGCCACCACCCGUAGAGGAUGGAACAAGUACACGCGAAGAAGCUAUCAUUGUUGUUGCUGAUCAACCUUGCGCGAUGGAAAAAUGGGUCCACAUUGGAUGUGAGAUUGGUCCAGACAUCGCACGGCUUCAUUUGAAUGGAGGAGUUGUAGGAGAAAGGAAAAUAAAUCACUCUGAUGCCAACCAAGGUUUUGGAGGUGAUCUGAAUACGGUCCUCUUGUCGGGAGGUGAUGACAAUACUGAUUGUAACAGUGUACAAGGUUACGCACAUUACGUGCGAGUACUUCCUCAACCCACUGUCACAAACCACUAUGUUAAGAACCCGCCACUGGAGCUUUCUCUAGAUGGUUCAACAGGGGCAUCUGAUGAUCAUGAAGUGGAGGAAGGAGGUGAUGGGGUGUGGAGUGUUGUAGGAGGAAAGGCUUCAUGUCGACGAAACUUUGCUUUGGAUGUGGCGUUGCUUGAUGCCUUAGGACGUUCGAUCCACAAAGAAAUGGAGUUGGUAGCAUUGCUGGUUUAUGCGGAUAGUGGAAGUCCCGUAGAGAAGCCCAAGGAUGAUGCGGAGGCACCUCUGUUAACCACAUUUGAUGGCGUGGAAUUUCCAUCAACAGAGCGGCCUAUUAAGCUUAUCCAUGGGCGGGCUUCGUUCAAAUUGAAAAUAUCUCAGUUGUCGUCAAAGUGUGACAAUCGGCUUUUUCGUGUAUGUUUUGACUCUCCAAGUAUGCCCCAUUAUCCUUUCCUAAGAGCUUUCUCCAGGCCCAUAAGGUGCGUUUCUCGGAAUAGGAAUCACCGCACUCCAGCUGGAGCAUGGAAGCAAAAACCAAACAAUCCUCCUUUUCCCCUAGAUGGAACUAUCUCUCCCAGCAGCAAGGACAUGAUAAGCGGAGAGUCUCAUCUUGGAAACAAUGAUGCUCAUUGUAAUGGAACUUUACACAGUGGAGGUGGUGUUCAUGUAUCUCCAUACCUUCCUGGUCAACCUCCUUUGAAGCGGGCUCGAUACCAAGAAAAGGUUCCUAUCGGGGCUGUGUAUAUUGAGACAUCCACUGACAGGAUGGGAGUAGCAGGAAAUGGGGAGUUGAAGGCUUCUUUUUCGGGCACAUUCCAGAGGUCACUUCUGCCAACUUCGCCAUCUCUGGGAGGAACCUUUGGGUCGCCAAUCUAUGGUCACCUGCCUCCAAAUGGACCUGUCUGCAAGAGUCCAACCCCCCUCGACUCUAAUGGUUCUUUAGAUAUUUUGAACAAGCAGGACGUGAUUAAAGGUAGUAGCCCCUUGGAAGGUGCAGGAACAGAAGUUACACCAAACCCCAAGUCAGGCGCAACCGGGUUUUCUGAUCUUCUAGUAUUUAAGUAUUGCUUGGAGAAUAUCACUUGCCGAGCUGCAUUCCUAAAAACUGUGAUCACGGUUAGGAACGACCUCGACCUUGCCGACUUUGCAGGGAAGGUGUCUCAUUUCACUGGUUGUCGACAUAACGGGUAUCAAAUUUUAAUGGGCAAGAACUUACUGCGUGAUGGCAACGAGAUGUGGAAAAUUAUGUCAGCUGACAGCCGUCCUGUAUCGUGGUCAAUAGUUGUGAAACACAUUGAAAAGAGCUUCAUGAAGAUAUCAGGCUGUGAUCGCCGAUCCUUUUCUUUCAAGGAUAAGGAGUUUCUGCACCAAAUUGCCAAAUGUGGGGAGUACACCUCACGUGAGGAGUUUGACAGGCUUUGGCAGUGGAUUUACCCUACAGCAGUAGCAUUGUCUUCACCCCAGCUGCAGUCUACUUGGGAAUGUAAGGAUCCAAAAUGGAUUGAGGGCAUGGUAUCUCGAGAUGAAGCAGAAACUCUUUUGAAGACUGACGAAGCUAUGUCCACCCCUGGCACUUUCUUGCUUCGUUUUGCCAACUCCCGUAUGUGGCCACAUCCAGAUGCCGGCGCUCUUGUGGUUAGCUACGUGGGUAAUGAUAGGCGCAUACACCACAAGUUGCUUACUCUUGAUGUUGAAAGUGGAGCCAGGUAUGGAGUAGGGGAGACCUUGUUGAAGCCCCUAUCAGAGAUGCUACUUUUGCAACCAGAAUUGUCACAGCUGUGCAGGGUACUGAAUUCACAAGCUAUGCAAACAACGGCAGAUCCGAAAGAGGAAGCAUUUAUCUCCGAAGGAAUGGAUACUGUACCAUAGCAAACUUUGGUGCAUUCCUUGUUGGCACUGCGACAACUGAAAUCUUUUUGGACUGACGUGAGUCCUUGGCAUUACAUGUUCCUGGCUUAAUGCGUAGGAUUCUCGUCUUUCCUCCUGGAUCUUAGAAGAAAUGAUUUUGGGUUUGUAGGUGUCUCUCACGUGUGCAGUCAUUAUUUGCUCUGGUUGAAUUAUAUUUUCAGUAUUUACUUAUUUGAUGACUCAUAUAUUGUGCAGAUGACGAUUAGGAUGGAUGUUUUUUUUUAUAAUCUUCACCACUUCCUGGUCCCUGAGGUGGCUUGUUGGCAGGAAUCUUUUCUCUAAUGUCGAGGUAUUGCGUGGUCUCAGAAUGUUGAACACGUUUGCAACAGCUGAAUCUAGGAAUGCAAUGAAGUCCAAAGUUAUGCUUUGCACUGAGCAAUUGUAAGAGGUUGCACUACACGUAGCCAUCACGAAGUACCUAUGCUAGAGGUCUGCUCUGUCGCUUGAACCUCUUCACAGAGUUUCAAGUGUCCGAUUUGCAGAUUAUUCAAUGUUGAGUGUUUUUUGCGAGCAUGAAUGCAGAAAUUUGAAUGGACGUUUCAAACA